CUUUCCUCCCACAGCCAGGUUGGAACUCACAAGAUCAGAACUUUGAUCACGAAAACCAACACCACCCGCACAGAAGCGUUCCCCACGCACCAGCAACCAACCAUGAGCCCCUCCGCCGUCACAGAGACCGUGGCCGCGGCCCUCCCCAUCCACACAAAGGCUGCCGACAAGGCUCAGAGCGCCCUCCCACGCCCUCUGACCCUCAGCGGCGCCCUCGACCCUUACGAGAGCUUUGACGUGACGCCCAUCAUCGGCCGCGAGUUCCCCAAGGCCAACCUCGUCGACUGGCUCAACGCGCCCAACGCAGACGAGCUCAUCCGCGACCUUGCCAUCACCAUCUCCCAGCGCGGCGUCGUCUUCUUCCGCGCCCAGGACAACCUCACCAACAACCUCCAGAAGCAGCUCAUCCUGCGCCUGGGAGAGCUCACCGGCCGCCCGUCGACGUCUGGACUGCACAUCCACCCCGUGCUCAACUCGGAGCGCGACCUGGGCGGCGAGGACCCCGAGAUCAGCACCAUCAGCUCCGUCCAGCACGACAAGCUCUACCGGAGGCGCAACCUCGAGCAGCCCACCAAGAAGCAGAACUCGGCGCAGUGGCACAGCGACAUUGCCUUUGAGCCCGUGCCCGCAGACUACACGAGCCUGAGGCUCGUCGAGCUGCCCAAGACUGGCGGAGACACCCUCUGGGCGUCCGGCUACGAGAUCUACGACCGCAUCUCGGCGCCCUACCAGAAGUUCCUCGAGUCCCUGACCGUCACGUUCCAGCAGCCCGGCUUCAACAAGGUCGCCGCCGACGCCGGGUUCGAGCUGCACCCGGGCCCCCGUGGCGCGCCCGAGAACGUGGGCACCGAGCUCAAAGCCGUCCACCCGGUCGUCCGGACGAAUCCUGUCACCGGGUGGAAGAGCGUCUUCCCCGUUGGCGGACACGUCAAGUACAUCAACGACGUGACCGAGCUGGAAAGCAAGGCCUUGCUCGAGUGGUUCCUCGAGCUUGUGUACAAGAAUCACGAGCUGCAGGUCCGUUUCAAGUGGCAGAACGAAAACGACAUUGCGAUCUGGGAUAACCGCAGCGUCUUCCACACGGCGACGUUUGACUACGACGGGCAGGGUCCUAGGUUCGGAAACCGCGCCGUCGGGCUGGGCGAGAAGCCCUACCUGGACCCGGAGAGCACUUCGAGGCGGGCGGCGCUGGGGAUCGAGCUCGAGUAAAGAAACAUAUUAUGCUUGGUUCACUCUGAGAUGUAGCACACGCGAUGGGGAAUGACAGUGUGGCUUGGUGGACAUACGACUUCAAAGUCGUUUAAGCUGGCUAUCUAGUCUAUGCG